AUGUUUCAAAUUGAUGUCACCGACGUUUAUUCCGCUCAAACGGAAACAGAGAUAGCAAGGCUGUUUGCUUUAGCUGCAAACAGCGAUUUCCCCUCCGAGACUCCCACCAUCGAAGUGCGUUUACUGCUGCAAACAGAGAAGGAUGGUUCUCAACCGACAGGUGAUGUAUGGACCCGGCAGGAGCGUGACACGCUGCUACUGUGUUUGGAUCGCUCCGUCUCGCGUGUUUACCCUCCGCUCGACCCACUACAGUACACGCAACCACCACCGGAACUGGAGGUGCGUAACGGGAAACGGGUGGCGCGUAUAUACGUUACACCAACAGUCCGUUUGUUUUCCUUUCAUUCAACUCCACACUGUGUUGAGGGACGCAUGGGUACAGCAAAUGGGACUCCUCCUAGUUUACUCACUCCCUUCGCUGAAGGUGAAGGUGUUAAAGCGAGCGGGGAAUUCGAAGACUUUGCCGUUUCUCGGAGUCGGUGGAGGGUUGCUGCGUGGCUGACUGCCCGAUUGUUCAAUGAGAGUAGUUGGGUUUCUACCUGUCCCUGUGGUGGACUAAACAAUGGGGAUGGCACUGUCGCCGUACCUGCUGAGAGGUGUAGUGACGUUAUUGAUGCUGCAGAGUGUGACGGGCAAAAGCGGUUGCUUCAUGUGGAUGUGGCAGGGAUGGAGUUCGUUGGGCUCAUCACAGCUGUUACGUCACGGUAUGCAUACGUGGCUGUACCACAUGAAGAGGAAGGCCAACUGGCUACUAAGUGGGUCCUUGUCAGCCGUGUUAGCGUACCGCCCGCGCUGGAACGCAUUGUGGGAAGAGAAACUGUGAAGAGGCCGAGGGAGGACAGUGAAAGGUCCCGGAGAGAAGAAUUUGUGUAUGAAAGGGAAGUUAUAUCUCAUGACAACACCCCUUUCAGAGUGCUGCGUGUGGAGGAGCGUUUGUUGGUCACGCUGCGUGCGCACAAAGUGUAUUGCACAAAGCAAAGGCCGGUGUUAGGUCUUCCUAGGGCGGUUUCCGUCUUAUUUGAAGACGUGGCUGUGGUGAAGAAGGUGGCUGACAGUCUCACUGAUGGCGGUGACAGUACCAAAGUUAUUCACAAAUCAUGUUGUAAUUCAUUUGCGGACGUCCUUGAAAUUGUGAGGGGAAGCUGCAAGCGUUUUCUGCGGGGUUAUACCAAAUAUAAGUUAAACACCAACGGACCUGCGGUCGAGCGCUUAUUUAGCGCCCUGACCGAUACCGUCUCGGUGCAGUCUGUCUGUCACGGUGCGGGGACCCGGCGGCGGCGGCAGCGGCCACCCGUCACUGUCUCGUCUCCACGGGACAUCUCUUCGCUUUAUGAGGGAACUUGUGUUGAGUUCAAGGCGAAGGCGAACAAAUGGGAGGCCAACUCUAUUGAGGAUUUCGUUGAGACGGAUGUCUUUGGUGAUGCGAGCGCAAGUGCCGGCGGUAAUUACCGAAGCACUUCGAGGAAAACGGGCUGCAUGAAUAUGGAGCGUAUUCGGCACACCAUUGCUGCCAUGGCGAGCACGCUGGGCGGUGUCCUCCUUGUGGGUGUAAGCGACGACGGUAAGGUGUUGGGCCACAGUCCCGAUGCGCUGAAGGAACUUCGACUGACUGGCUUCUGCCCAGCAAUGCCGAAGGGCACGGUACAAUGUACAACGAUGCGAGCUGUGUCGGAAGAUGCCCCAGUGACGUUACCAAAGGAAUGGUGGAAGAAUAAGACUCAGAAUAUUGGGCAGCGGGUUAAUCAGCAGACCAAUCUUGUGGUAACAGUGAUCACGGUUUCCAGAGGACCAGCCCCAGUCUAUACCGUGGCGCGCCACUCUGUGCCAUACAUCCGCGGGUUUGCCAGCACCCUCCCACUACAUGUCAUUUCCGUUACGCGACGUAUAACUCCUCUACUGCCAUAA